ACUCCAAAGUUUAGGUGUCCACUAGUCCACCAGUUUAGGGUCACCUACUACGACGACACGCCAACAUGGCGGCGCCAUUGGUGUUUAUCCUGCUUUUAUGGUUUAACUUGUUGAUUAUGAACGAUUCAGUGGCCCCUCUUUAGACUGUACGGAGCCCCGGAGGGAACAUGGAGAAAAAAAAUAUGAUGGGGCUUCGUAAGACCGUGUGGAGUGAUACUUUCACUUUCGUCAGUGACACUCUGUGGGCAGUUACCUCCUAAAUCCUGCCGCGCCAUUUUGCAUUUUCUGAAAGAAGCGGGAACAUGUUUGUUUGAGGGUUUUGAGGGCGACGUUACAACCGUGACAAACGCACCAUCUUAGCGGGUUUUGCUACUAUCUAUUCUGAAGUAGGUUCUCAAUUAGUGAAGGAGGUUAGAGUUUUGCCGCAUAAUGGAGUUACCAGCAGACGAAGAACUGCUACGCUUAUUUCACUGUUCAAAGACCGAGAUGUCGUGCAUGGAAAAUCCGCACACGUUUGUUCGGCAACUCAGGGAUCACAAUCUGCUACCGGAACAGUCCUACAAGAAAGUGAGCCGCAUAAAGAGCAAAGAGGCCUUGAAAAAAGGCCUCUAUGAAGUUCUGGACUGGUUGGAGAGAGAGCACUCGCAGUCCAUCAAGGUGUUCUGGAGGUGUGUCUUCAAGGAGAGUAUCUUAAACCAGUACCCCACCCUGCAACAGCUGCGCAACAGCCUGCUGGAUGGAUCCUUCCAUUUGGACGCACAGCUGUUAAGUGAGGAACGAGAGGAGACACAUGCCAGGAAAAGGAAGGAGCCAUCAGAAGAUGAGAACACAGAAAUCCAAGUGACAGCGAAGAAGAAGAAGAAACUGAAAAAUGUGAGCCUGAGCGAUGAAGAGGCGAAGCAGAGCAAACUCCCUACACAAUCAUCACCACGAAAGAAACGUUCCAGUAAAAUAUGUUUCUCCCCGCUGAAGAAAACAGGAGAAGCGAAGGAUUUUUGGGCAUGGCCUAUCUAUAAGUCCAACCUUCCUGUGACAUGUGGAACCCUGAAAGGGACAUUGAACAGAGACAAGCUAAGCAAAGGGGAGCCGUGCAUUUUGGUCGACAAACAGUGGUUCACGCCCAGCGAAUUUGAACGUCUUGGUGGCAAGAAGAGUGCCAAGAACUGGAAGAUCAGCAUUCGAUGUAUGGACAAACCCCUAGGAAAGCUCAUUGAGGCAGGACAUCUGCAAAGUGUGAACUUCAAACGAGUACACAAGGACCAGAAAUCGCUGUUCGCCUCUGAAAAGAUAACGACAGAUUCCCACCAAGAGGUUAAUACAAAUCAAGAGAAUGAAGUGCAGCCUGAGCAGAGCAACAACUCUGUGUUCAACGUGACAUGCGGACAACUCACCGGCAAAUUACACAAAAAACGAUUUGCAUCAGGAACUAGCGGCCAGUGCAUACGCACCAACACAAGCUGGAUGAGUCCGGUGAACUUUGUGAAGAAGGCACUGGGGGAGGAGAACACGUACUGGAAAAGAGACAUCCUGUUUGAAGGCCAGCCCCUCCUUGUUCUAAUACAGGACAAUAUCUUGAGCAUCCACUCGCUGUUAUGUACUUGCAGGCUGUGCAGUCCAACUGGUAGCGACCUGGAGGAGCAGAAAAACGAUGACGAGUGCUGUGUGUGUAAAAAUGUAGGAAACCUGGUGGUGUGUGACAACUGUCCGCUUUCUUUCCACCCAACGUGUCACCUGCCUCACGUCGACAACACUAUUUUGAGGAAUCCAAGACAGUGGGAUUGUACCUUCUGUAUCUUCAAAAGGGCUCAAGAGUGGCGCUACUCAGACGUACUGGAAAGCAACGCAGUAAUGUCCUACCAAAUAUCCAAACACAUGCUGGAGUGCCAGUACCUCCUCUUAUGUCUGUUUAGCGCCGAUGAUGAUCAGAUCUUUGCAACAAACCCAUCUUUCCACGUGAAGGACUACACCUCUGUGGUCAAGACGCCCAUGUGGCUGUGCAAAGUCGCAGACAGACUCGAGGAGAACCACUACCGACUCGUUGGUGACUUCGUAUCUGACGUCCAGCUCGUUUUCACUAACUGUGCUUUGUAUAACAAGGAUAACCCUGAUUUUGCCAACCUGGGCUCCAAACUAAAAAAGUUGUUUGAUGAUGAAUUUAAGAGUGCUUUCAGCAUCUGUUAGGAUGGACUGACUACAUUUAUAUGAAAUCUUUACGAUAAUGCUUAAAGAUGUUUUUUUUUAAUGAACAUGUUUAUUGUGAUGUGCAAUUGCUAUGAAUGCAUCAUUAGAAAAAUACUACCAUUGUAUAUAUAUUUUAAUACCAAACCUAGACGUUUUUCUCUUUUGUUUGUCUAAAAAAAAUCAACUUCCUUUUUUUUUAUAUUUCCUUAUGAUGCCACAGAAUCAUUUCAUAUUCAAAGUACAGUCAAACCUGUCUUAGCGGCCACCUGUAUAGAACGGCCACCUGCCUAUAGCGGCCCCCCAGAAAAUUAACAUGUUAUAGACCCUGUGUAUAGCGGUCACCCAUUUUGUAUCCCUUGGUCAAUACCUGACCGCAUAUAGCGGCCAAAAUGCCGACUCAAGCAGAAGCUUCAUGCACGAAAAAGUUUUGUUUUUUAAUCAAUGAAGCCGUCGUGUGAAGACUUUAAUUACUGAGUCGUAGCUCAGUCACAAUCAUUCACAAGAUCCACACAAACUCUCAGUUGUUUGACAUUAAAAAUAAAGCCGUCUUCUUUGGAGCUUGUUGCAGGCAGUUACACCGUUUAUUUCCUGGUGUGAGACAAUGUGCACUGGUCAAUACAGUAAUGCCCCUUGUUGUGGGGAAGGAGAGACUCACGUCACCGAUGCACUUUAAGCACUUUAUUAACAGAGGUUUAUUAACCUAGUAGUGCUUUACAACUUUUAUCCGCAGUCCCACAGUGCCCUCUACUGGUCAACAUGUAACAGUAUAAAUAUAUGUAUCUGCAAAGACAACAAGCUUCUAAUCACAGACAUGUUAAUAUGUGCGCGCACAAAUUCAAAAUGGCCGCCAACCUGUCUAUAACGGCCACCUGCCUAUAGCGGCCAUUUUUGCCGUUUCCCUUUAGUGGCCGCUAUAGACAGGUUUGACUGUAUUUUUAUGUACGGGGUUGUUUUUUAUUUUUUAUGUAAAUCGGGGGUGUCCAAACUCUUUCCACCAAGGGCUGCAUACAGAAAAAACGAAGAAUGUGGGGGGCCGCUUUGAUAUUUUAUAUAUAUGUUUUUUAUUUUAUAACAAGCCUAAAAAAAACAACUAUAUACAUAAGUUUAAAACCAAAGCUUUGUGUUAUUCAUUAUUAAUAUCAACAUGUCAUGUUUACUUUACAUUGUGCCUUUUUGCUCUAUUUUGUGUAAUUUUUGCUGGGGGGUUUUUUUGUAGUGUUUACAUUUAUUUCUACAAUUCAGAGGCCCAGAGGGGACAUGGAGAAAAAUAUGAUGGAUUAAAAAAAAAAAGAACAAACUUUUGCAUUACCUCGCAAAACUGUUUUGCGAGAUAACGCAAAAGAGACUGUGGUAAAACUGGAAACAUAUUCACAUAUUCAAACGUCCGGGAUCAAUAACUCCCAAGUGAAUGGUUCUAACACAGUAAACCACUACAAAACUCACCUCACACAUCAGGGACUCCUUCCUGGUAUUACAACAGCAAUUAGUUUGGAAAAUGUGCUUUUAAAUCAUUUUUGGGAAUUUUCACAAGAAUUAUCGUUAAUAAAUUAAAUUCUGUCACAAGUCCGUUCAAUAACUUCACUUCUGUGAAGAGUAAGACCACAAAAUUCACCUUAAAAAUCAAUGGCCAAGUGAAGCAAUUGAACGGACGUGUUACACAAUUGCAUUUAUUAAACAAUAAAAUUUUCCCCAAAAUUAUUUAAAAGCACAUUUUCCCAAAGUCUUUGUUGCAGCAUGAACAGGAGAAUGCCGCUGAUGUGUGAGGUGAGUUUUGUGGUUCUACACAUUACAAAAGUGAAUUUAUUAACAACCUAAUAAAAAAUUGCCCUAAAUUAUGCAAAAUUGCAACAUUGAUGCCAACCGCCAUAAUACAGAAGAAAAAGAAGACAUUUGUAGACAGUCUCUGCGCAACGGUCUCGCUGCCGGCUUCUCACAGAGAUCAAUAGAAGUCAGACUGCACAGGAGACGGCUCGUUUUGAUAAAAACUGGGUUGUAGCUGUUUGUCUGUGUUGCCACGGUUGGAAAGAGGUAUGGUUUGCUGUGUUAGAACCUUUCACUUAUUGAUCUCGGCAGUUUGAAUAUGUGAAUAUGUUUCCAGCUUUACCGCAGUCUCUUUUGCGUUCCCUCGCAAAACGUUUUGCGUUAUCUCGCAAAACAGUUUUGCGUUAUCUCGCAAAACAGUUUUGCGUUAUCUCGCAAAAGUUCUUUUUAAAAAAAAUUUUUACCCAUCAUAUUUUUUUUCUCCAUGUCCCCUCCGGGGCUCCCUACUACAACACACCACGGGCCAAUAAUAAACGUAGUGGGCCACAAAUGGCAUUUGGCCGCACUUUGGACACCCCACAUGUAAAUGUUACUGUCAUAGUUGUAAGUUUGAAGGACGAAACAAUCAAGAAAGACAACGUAUUUUUAAAUCCACUGUUUUGUAACCAUUGUAAAAACAAAUGGAUAAUAUGGCACAAGUCAACACAAUAGAAUACAGCAAUGCAAUGAAGC